GUCGCGCAGGAGCCGCCCGCGGUCAUGGAGCCGGGCUCCGGGCUGCAGCGCAGGGGCGGCGCGGGGCGGGAGUCCGCGGCGGCGGCGGCGGCGGGGGGCUCCCCGGCGCUCUCGGGCCCGCAGUCCCGCCGCAGGAAGCAGCCGCCGCGCCCGGCCGACUUCAAGCUGCAGGUCAUCAUCAUCGGCUCGCGGGGCGUGGGCAAGACCAGCCUGAUGGAGCGCUUCACCGACGACACCUUCUGCGAGGCCUGCAAGUCAACCGUGGGUGUUGAUUUUAAAAUCAAAACAGUAGAGCUAAGAGGAAAGAAAAUUAGAUUACAAAUCUGGGACACAGCAGGUCAGGAGAGAUUCAACAGCAUUACCUCAGCUUAUUACAGAAGUGCCAAGGGAAUCAUAUUGGUAUAUGAUAUCACCAAGAAGGAGACAUUUGAGGAUUUACCAAAAUGGAUGAAAAUGAUUGAUAAGUAUGCCUCAGAAGAUGCAGAGCUUCUACUGGUUGGAAAUAAGUUGGACUGUGAAGUUGACAGAGAGAUUACUCGACAACAGGGAGAAAAGUUUGCACAGCAAAUAACUGGGAUGCGGUUCUGUGAAGCAAGUGCCAAGGAUAAUUUUAAUGUGGAUGAAAUAUUUCUGAAACUUGUAGAUGACAUCCUGAAAAAGAUGCCUCUGGAUAUUAUGAGGAACGAGUUGUCCAACAGUAUACUGUCCCUGCAACCAGAGCCAGAAAUCCCACCUGAGCUGCCUCCGCCGAGACCACAUGUCCGUUGCUGUUGACUUGUUGCUUCAUACAGAGUGGGAGAGAGAAGAAAGUGUCUGCACUACAAUCAUUUGGCAGUUCCAUGUUGCACUUUGUUUUUCAAGUCAGAACUACACACUUAUUUGUAAAUAUGCAAAUAUGCAAUCCUGUGUAAGAUUCAGCUACAACCAUUAAAUAUUGCCCCUCUUCCCCAAAAUAGUAUAUUUCAUUCAUCACCGUAGUGUUAUAAAUAUUGUACAGUUUAUGGGGAACUGCCACACUCCCAGUCUAGGAGGAGGAGAAAUUAAAUCUAUACUUAUUCUUGACAUAAAUAUUGUAAUAGUCCUUGUUAUUAUAAACAGGCAAGCAGAAGCUCUUCUUGUAUGAAGAUAAGUAUAUGGUGCUUUGCUAACUAUUUUAAAGAUGAAUUUUUUUAAAACUGAAAACUUUAUGUACAAAGCUUCCAUAACCUUCAUUGUUUCCUUUAAUAUAUUCAGAUGAUUUUUUUUUUUAGGGAGUGGGGUAGAGCUGUAGCAUCUUCAGCUGACUAGAUCUACAGCAAAGCUAUGUGUAAUUUCUAGCAAUCUCUUAUUUAUUAUGUUUAAUAGUAGACCAUUACUUUGUGUAUUAAGACAUCACAUUUGGUGCAAUUCUAAGCGUGCAGUGUCAACUCACACAGUUAAUUUUCUGCUUAAACAUAAGCUAGGUUGCAAGAAAAGUGGAGAUGUAUUUUGAAUUCUAAAAGAUGGUAUGAAAAGCAAUGCUGCUGUCCUAGACAAAUUCUUUUUAAAAGGAAUUUAAUACAUUUUCCUGUGUUGAGGGAAUAUAUAUGUGUAUUUAUCUGAACAUCUAGGUGGGUGGGAGGGGUUUAUGGAAAACCAUUUUUUUCCCUAAUGGUGGAAAUUAUUCCCAUCAAACAUAUACUGUGUUAGGUUUUUGUCUGAUAAUGACUUUGUGAACUAUAUCUUUGGUAUAUCUUUUAUUACAAUGCACUGUUUAGUUUAGUCGUGGUAAAUCAGUAGUUACAUAUUCGAAUAACUUUGUGUGUCCUGAAUGUUGUGGUACUGAAAAGCAUUGUGGUCUUUCUAAACUAAUGAAAUGCAAAUAAAAUUUUGUAUUUAUGAAUGACA